AUGGCGUCAGCUAGAGUCCAAUCACUUGGAAGGGCUAUAGCCCCAGCUCUGAUGGGUGACUCUGCCCCACAUACAUUUGUAGAAGAAGAUCUUUUGGGGAGAUUCCACAAGCUGGGGUUCGUUAUUUUCCCUGAUAACCGCCUGGACGAAGAGCAAGUGAGAGAAGUGGUGGAUGAAGCCGAGCUCCAGCGCGAGGUUGAGAGGCCGCUGUCGGUGGUACCUGCAAACCAUAUAAUUGACGAGGACGUCCCGUACUUCAUCCGAACAGGCUGUAUUCCGAAAGGAUCGGGUGUGUUCACCCCAGUUUUCGACGUUCUCGCCACAACUUCGGCUGCCAUCUCCAGGACGUAG